GGAAUUAUGGCCAGUAGUGAGAUGAAUGCCAGGAGGUGUUUAUAAAGAUAGUUUUUGGUGACCAGUAUAAUGUCAAAAAAAAAAACCUCCGAUAGAAAUCCAUAUAUCAUAAAUGACGGAUUUUAAAUCCAUCAUAGCUUAUUAAAUGUUAAUUUUCUACUGCGCUGCUUAUUUUAGGCGUUUUUUCUUGUGCCCAACUACAGUGUUUUGUUUUAAAAAGUGAACACUCAACCAAAGUUUCAGGCAGUUAUUAAUUCAGGCUAAGGAAUGACAACCAGAAGUAAUAAAGGAAGAUCAUCUUUUGGACGACAUUCUCCACUUGCAGGCAACAGAUAUCACAGACAGGACCGGGAUUUAGAACGACAUGUGGUAAGGGACAGGUCUCCUCUUCGUGGAGAAUCAAGACGUUUAUUAGAAGAUCGUAUUAAAGAAGUUCUUUGGAAAGAUGAUAGAAGAGGAAGAGAAUCUUUUAGGGAUGACUUUUAUACCACUAAUCGUACUACAGAGGAUCCCUAUAUGGAUGUGAUGCAAAGAAGAGAGAGUGGUAUCUAUUCUGAGACACGUUUGGAUCCAAAGGAAGACGUAUUUAAACGCACAAGAGCUAGCUUGCCUGAUGAUUCUCUACGAGACAGUUUUCAUGAUCUUCCCUUGUCUAAGUCUCAGAAACCUACUGAUUGUGAAAUAAUAGUUGUUCACAAACAACAAAGAUUAUAUGCUGAACAUGUGGAAGCCAGGUUGAAAAACCUUGGCAUGGAAGUUGGUAUUAUUUUGUUGAGUGAUGAAUCUAAACUGGCUCAGACAGUGAAGGAUCUAGAAAAACAAGGACCCGUUUUUGUUAUAGUAAUUACUCCAAAACAUGAACUCAGCAACACUCUUACUAUUAAUAUUCUUCUUGGAUCUCCUGAAGAACAUCACAACAUGCCUCUUGAUGAUGCUCUGAAAUUAGUAGCUCGCAACUUUCAUGAAUAUACUCUGUCAUUGCGUUUCUUGAAUCAAAAGACCGAAAAGAAAGAGCCACAGGUUCUUACACGUAGGUCUCCUACACCCCCAGAUCGAGAUAUUGGCUUCCUUCUGAAUCUCUUGGCUGAUGGGAAACAUUUAACUAUGCGUGAGCUUGAUAAAAUUAUGAAGUAUAUACAGGAUCGUAAAGAUAAACUUGCAGAAAUUGAGUUGGGAAAGUUACAAAGAACUGGUGAGAUCAAACCUGAACCUCCCAUCAAAUUACAUGGAGAACAGUCACAACCAAUAACAAUGGAACAACAGCAAAAAGAACUUCAAAAGAGAAUCUUGAACAUGAUCAACCAAGGGAGUGUAGAUGCAGGCUUCUCCAACAGAGGAAUAUCCUCUUCAUCUGCAAAUCAGCCACCCUCGAACUUAAAACUUGAUAACCCCAAUUUACAGAAAGCAGUAGAGAAUUUCAUACAAACCAGUCCUGACCUUUCCAAAACACUAAUGGGAACUUCCAUUCCUACAACAAACACUACUGCUGUAGCUAAUACAUACACCCAGCAACAGACUCUAAAACAGUCAUUGCAAAAUUCUGUAACCCAGUCAAAUGUGUCUGCUAACCAAUCAGCCUUGAUGAGGAACCAGUCUACUUUAGUAAGUAACCCCACAUCACUGGUGGGUAAUCAGUCAUCUUUGAUGGGUAAUGUGUCAUCUGUAGUGGGUAACCAAUCAUCUUUGAUAACUAACCAACCUCCUCUAAUGGGUGGUUUGUCAUCAGGAAGUGCAGUAAGCCAGAUUAUGAUGGGUCAGAAUCCAAUGUCUUUUACAAGAGGGCAAGGUAUGAUACCUGGUGGAGUGGGUCUAGUCCCACAAGUUGUUCGCCAUCCAUUAUUGGGAACCCUGGUAGGAAUGACUGGCUCUUUUCUGGGCAGGGGAAGGGGUACUCCUGGCAGCAGAUACUGACACAAUACUGCUGCUGUUGGAGUAGACUGAGAACAAGUAGUUCAUUUCUUCUCUACAUUCAGUAGUUAGUGAUUUUCUUCUCUGUAGCAUCUGUGUUUAUUUGUUUUGUUUAUUUUAAUACAAAUUAUAAAACUACACAGCGACAUCAUCAUUUUACUUUUCCAGAAGCAUUCAUCAUUUUCUAAAAAUGUCAUCAGAGUGUGAGUAGGAAACUUGCAAAUAGGUGAUUAAUACAACCAUUGUGGAAAAUUUUUUAAACUUAAUAUUUUUUAGGAAACAAAAUUAAAGUACGAUCUGAAAAUGAUUAAUAAUUAUACAGAAAAUAGACAAAUGGAUAAGGA